AUGACAUCCUGGGCCAGACCGGCAUUCGCCUUCCCAUCGUCCUCGUCCUCGUCCUCGUCUUUCGACCCCAGCUCGCCUCUAUCUGUGUCUCCCGCAGAAACGGCCCUGUUGGUGAUCGACUACCAGAACCUGAGCAUGGCACGGCUCGGCGACGCCGGACCCAGCGUGGUCAAGAUCGCGAGCCAGAUGCACGACUGGGCCCUCCAGCGCGGCAUGAGUGUGUUUCAUUGUCUGAUCGAUACGGCUCCAGGCGUGCGUCCACCGGCUUGGAGCAAGUUGGCUGGGAAAUGGAAGAUGUUUUAUCAGGAGAAACUGGCCAAGGAGGCCUGGUUGGGCUGGGAGGUUGAAGGUCUUGCGCCGAAGGAUGACGGUGGUGAGACUGGGAAGGAUACUGUUAUGAGUAAUAUUAGUGGCCGUGCGGGCGGUGGUCCUGGUUCUGGUCCUAGAAUUGCACCAUUCGAUGCUGGCGGUGUUGGCGUUGCGAUGGGGAAUAUCAAUAAGCCUGGGAUCUUUGAGCACGCAGAGGCCCAGACCCAAGCUCAAGCUCGAGAUCGAGAAAUAACCGUCCUGCGUCAACCGGGACUGUCACUUAUUCUCUGCGGGAUCACCACGUCAGGAACGGUGUUGAGUACGGCCCGCGCCGCGACGGAUCGCGGUUUCAUCGUCACCGUAGUUGAGGAUGCUUGUUUCGACCUCGUCCCGGGAUUGCAUGCCAUGCUGGUCACACAUGUCUUGCCGACCACGGCGCAUGUCGCGACGUCGGGGGAGAUCAGGGAUGCGUGGAAGGUUCUUUGA